UUGGUACAGUGGUCACAGCUUCACUGCUUUCACUCGCUUUCAUUUCUCUACCACUGCUUUGUAUGCCAUUGAUAAUGUCAGUAAAAGAGGGACUGAAUGCAGACUCAACCCAUUUCACCUUAGGAGGAGCACCAUUUAGGAUCCUGGGGGGAUCAAUCCAUUACUUUCGGGUCCCGAGGGCGCACUGGAGAGACCGGCUGCUGAAACUCAAGGCCUGUGGUCUCAACACUCUCACCACGUAUGUACCAUGGAAUCUGCAUGAACCUGAAAGAGGAGUUUAUCUGUUUCAUCAGCAGCUGGAUUUGGAGGCGUACAUUCGUCUUGCAGAGGAAAUUGGACUAUGGGUUAUUAUUCGUCCAGGGCCAUACAUCUGUGCUGAAUGGGAUUUGGGUGGUUUGCCAAGCUGGCUACUUCGAGAUAAGAAUAUAAAAUUAAGAACGACUUACUCUGGUUUUACAACGGCUGUGAACUCAUACUUUGAUGAACUCAUCCCGAAAAUCGUACCACUCCAGUUUAAAAAAGGAGGUCCUGUUAUUGCUGUUCAAGUAGAGAAUGAAUACGGUUCAUAUGCAAAAGAUGAGCAGUACCUGUCAUUCAUUAAAGAGGCUUUACUCUCCCGGGGAAUUUCGGAACUUCUCCUGACAUCAGACAACCGGGAAGGGUUAAAUUGUGGAGGGGUGGAAGGAGUUUUGCAGGCAGUCAAUCUACAGAAACUGUCUUAUGGUGGUGUACAGUAUCUAGCAGAAUUACAGCCGCAGAAGCCGCUGCUGGUGAUGGAGUAUUGGUCCGGUUGGUUUGAUGUGUGGGGAGAAGCUCAUCAUGUUUUUGAUGCACAAGAAAUGAUCUCUACAGUACGGGAACUUCUGGAUCGUGGUGUCUCCAUCAACUUUUAUAUGUUUCAUGGAGGAACCAGCUUUGGUUUCAUGAACGGAGCAAUUGAUUUUGGCACCUACGAACCACAGACGAGCAGCUACGAUUAUGAUGCUCCAUUAACAGAGUGUGGUGAUUACACGGUCAAAUAUCAUCUCUUGAGGAACCUGCUGAGCACCUACAGCAAUGAGCCCUUUUCAGAGCCACCACCCAUACAGAGCAGGAGAUCAUUGGAGCCGGUGUUUGUAACACAUUACAUUUCCCUAUGGGAGACUCUUCAGUGUGCGGAAACGCAUUUCAGAGCAGAUGAUCCCAUCAGCAUGGAGAACCUUCCAGCAAAUCACAACAAUGGUCAGUCCUAUGGUUAUACUCUCUAUGAAACAGACAUUUAUUCCGGUGGAGAACUCAACUCUAGGAACCAUGUCCGAGACAGAGCUCUUGUGUUUAUUGACAGAGAACUCAUUGGUGUUUUGGACUAUAGGACUCAGAAGGUUAAAAUAUCUCAUAUUAAGGGUGAGAUGACCUUGGGUUUGCUUGUUGAGAACUGUGGGAGAGUGAACUAUGGUCCAGCCCUGGACAGCCAACAAAAGGGUCUUGUUGGAGAUAUAACCCUGGAUGAUGUACCUCUAAAGAAAUUUACCAUGCAUUGCUUGGAUAUGAAGCCUGGUUACAUAAACAGGGUGGAGACACUGAAAUGGGUGUCUGUCGGUAAAAAACCCUCAUACCCGGCUUUUUUCAGAGGAAGCCUGGUAGUCGAUGAACCCACAGAUACCUUUGUGAAGCUACCAAAUUGGAGCAAAGGUGUGGUUUUCGUGAACGGGCAAAAUCUUGGACGCCACUGGUCAGUUGGUCCUCAGAAAGCUCUCUAUCUCCCCGGUUCCUGGCUCAGACAAGGAGAUAACCAGAUUAUUAUUUUUGAAGAGUUCAAAGCUGCAGAAACAAUCCAAUUCGCAGAAAAUCCAGAAUAUGGCAAGAUAAUUGACGUAUCAAGACAACCGUUUUGCACUCUCAUGUAAUGAAGGCUUGCAGUUUUACACUGUUUUUAAACUAUAUUAUGACUAUGACUAUAGUCUCACAUCGAUCUAAACAUGAGUUAUUCAAUAAAUGAUGUGUAAUAUUAACUGUUGAAAUGGGUUUGUUUACAGUGAUAAACCUCAAAAGAUAACCUGCUAGGAAUGCAAUAUAAGUUUAUCAUUAAGUGUUUAGCAACCUCAGAAGUACCAGUAUAUUUUAUUUAGAAAAGUCUUAUUUAAUAUAUAAACUUUACAAAAGUGAAAUCUCUUUGUAGUUACUUUUACAAGUAUUAAACAUUUACAACAUACAUAGCUUGAGGCCAUGCUUUUUGUGUUUGACUGGUUUGUCUCCAGUUUUCUAUACCUGUGGGUAUAUUUCAUUUUAAAACCUUUCAAAAAUGUAACCAUUUUACCCCACCUUAAAUUUUUACCUCAUUUCACUUUAUUGCUUCUUUCCAAAUAAAUAUUUAAUGUAGAACUUAUUACUUUACCUG